AUGCACGCAUGCCUGGAAGACGUGGACAGGACCUUAGACUUGGAUGUCCAUUACACACCCCGUGCCACUGGAACAAAAUGGCAGGGUCUUCUUGGAAUGUUCCAGGAAGAUCGUCGACAUCUCCAGGUGCCUGUAAAUGAACAAUCGACUUGGCAGUCGACUCGGAAGUGCAAACGGCUGCAGGCUCAAUUGACACAGGACGCCCAGCUAGUUUUUGUCUCUCCCUACUUCCCACGCAGGGCACAUCUCAUGCAGGAAUGCCGAGAAGAGACAGGCAGCACUCUGAGCUGGAUGUCCGCCGCGUGGGCGCUUUGCAAAUUGGAUAGAGGUUGCGCGAAAUGUUAA